AAAUUUUUCUUAACUCCCAACCCGCCGGCGAACAAAGGAAGAAAGCAUAGUCAACAAUGAAGAACACUACGGUGUUCCUUGCUCGAAGAAUAACCAAGGUCACCAGCCCAGUCUCGACACUACGAUAUUACUGUUCAACUCCCUCUCCCUCCUCUCCUUCCCGCAAGAAUAGGCUCUUUGUUGGAGGCUUGUCGUGGUCGGUGGAAGAGAAGUCCCUGAAGGACGCUUUUUCUUCCUAUGGGGAGGUCACUGGAGUGAAUAUAGUGUAUGACAAAGACUCCGGUAGGUCUAGAGGCUUUGGGUUUGUUGAUUUUUCAAAAGAAGAUGACGCCCGAAGUGCAAAAGACGCCAUGGAUGGGAAGGCACUGUUAGGCAGGCCACUGAGGAUAACCUUUGCUCUUGAAAAGGUUCGCGGUGGACCUGUGGUAGUCCCUCGCCUUACUUGAACAUCCUGGCAGGUAUGCAGGGGAUUAAUCUUAGCCAGGGGUUUGGAGUAUGUCGAAUUUAAAACUUCUGUUAUACCUCGUUCAUUCACGCAGAGAAUCAAUAAACUGGAUGAUAGGCUUCCAACCUUCUAAGUUCUAAGCCUGUGAGGUUUUAAGAUGUCGUUUUAUCUCCCAUUUUCAUGUUCUUUUUAUCUUGACCCAUGAAUUUAUUGUUUCUCCAGGAGGAGAGAGAGAACAUUAAGCUUUCUGAUACUACGUGUUUCUUAUAUAUUAAUGCGGAAGGAAUUGUAAGAAGGUGAAUCUGCUUUAAUUCUUGGGGUAAAACCAUUUGAAUACAUGUAUGUUCC